CGUGGCAAGGUCUCCGACUUGUUUUUAUUUUUAUUUGCACAUUUUUUAAAAAACUUCCUAAUUUCGAUCAAUAUCCCUAUAGCAACCCUUUGAUAGCAACUAAAAGUGCUGUCAAAAUGCCCGAAAUGGGGGCUGAUAUGUAUUGCUCGCAACAAAUCUGUAUUCCACCGACUUUUCCUUACCUUUUACGACAGUUUGCCAAAGCUGCCAUUCGGACGCAACCCAACGAUCUUUUAAAAUGGGCCACAACGUACUUCCGAUGCCUAUCAUUGAACAUCCCACCACCGGUAAAACCCCGGCUCGAAUACCCUAUCCCACGGGACCAUCAUGGUCUCACGCCUGGUUGGCUGCGUGCCCUUUUGUACCAAAUGGCAGGCCACCAAACCGUCACGUUUAAAACUUUAUGGGAUCGUUGGAUUGGUGCAUGUCUCCAACACCCAAACUUAAUCCAAAUUCUGGUCUUGGGCGGCUUUGACGAUAAUCAAGCCGUGCCUUGGUUGCGUUUUAUUGCACUUUGUGCCGCACAUUUGACCGAUAGUCUCACUCAAACAAUGAUUUUGAUUUGUGAGAUAUUGACCGAAGAGCCUGAAGGUGGCUCUGCAAUGAUUCCUCUAUCGACUUUUCUCGAUUUGUAUGAGUUUUUAGCACGAAUUGAUGCUUCGUUGCCACAAACUUUGAAAAAUUACUAUUUUUUGGAUAAGUUUCUCGAAUUGUUUCGCGAGAAAAUUGCCAAAGAUUCAGGGGAAAAACCGGUGGAAGAGGAACUCGAAACGGAUUUUAUGAGCGAGAUUGUGUCCGAAGUGACGGAAAAAAGUGAAAGGGAGACGAAAAAAGACGAUGAGGGUUCGGUUGUUUCGUGUCCAAGUGUCACAAGUCAGGAUCCGGACAACUACAUGAAAUUGUUGAUGAAAAUACGAGCCGAAGGCGAAUUUGAAGAAAGCAACGAAGAAAUAAAGGAAGAAACAGAAGAAAAGACGGAACCUGUUGAUGAAGAAGUGAAAGAAGAAGAAGUUGAAGAACGUAAAGAAUCGGUCGCUGUUUCCGAAAAAAAAUUUCCGGAACAGUUGGCUGAAGACGAAAAAAUUCCGCAAUUUCCGGUUGAAGAUGACCUUGUUUCGAAAAGUACGCGAAUGUCAUCAGCACCGAGUGAAUCAUUGAAGAAAGAUGAAGAGGAUUUGAAACAAGACACUUAUCUUAUGGAAGAUUUGGCAAGACUUCGGUCAUUACAGGAAGCCAUGAUGGGUGAAAGUGACGACGAAGUUGAGAAAUUCAAAGCUAGUAUUUUAGCUGAAGCUGGUUUAACUCAAUCACAAAUUGAUGCACCUGAACAUUUUGAAACACGAAUUGAGAGUGAAAUUUUCACUAAUGAGUCACUUAAAAGUUACGAAACGUCGACAAGUGAACCGUCCGUCAAGGAAAAAGCGCCAGAAAUUGAGUAUGAGGAUGUGUUCGUGGAUCCAGUUCCAGGAAUCGGGCCGAAAGUCCCCGAAAAUUUAAUUUUGGCCGUUUGUAAUUACAUGAAAGAUGUGGCCAAGUGGCAACAUGACAUGGUUAUGCCGAGGAAUAUACGGCAUUUUGAUCGCCCGCCUUUAGAAAUUCGAAAUCAAUAAAAAUUUUGCACCGUUUUUUUUUUGAUACAUGGUACUGCCCAAAUCUUAAUCAUAUUUAAUCACGUUUCAGUGCGUCCAGUAAUCAAUUAAUAAUUAUUUGUGCCUCCAGGUGUAUCUACUUGAUUAGUAAAUAAAGCCCUACGUUUCGGAAA